UCCAGUGGGAGUGCGUCGGCGGCCGCCGGCUGAGUGAGGCCCGGGAGACCGGAGCCGCGCCGCGCGCAGCGUCUGCAGUGGACGAGCCGGAGGUCUGGGAGGCUCCGGGCGAAGCCUCCCUGCUGCAGGUUGUGAUGAUGCCAGACAAUACUAAAGACAGAGCAGCUCGUUCAUCGAAGAAAAGAGGGAGUAUUUCUUCUCUAAGUAAUCAUGAAUUUUGGCGAAAGGAAAUUCAUGGGCGCACCAAAGAUUCUACGAGUACCGUGUCUUACAUGGAUGAACCUAGUCAGCGUGAUGAUGUCUCUCGCCUUACAGUUCAGAUGGAAAACAGCUAUCAAUUGGGUCCUCCCAAACAUUUUCCUGUGGUCAUUGUCAAUCAUAUUUUGAAAGAUGUGUUAACCAGCUAUCUACAAGUAGAAGAAUAUGAACCAGAGCUCUGUAGACAGAUGACUAAAACCAUUUCUGAGGUUAUUAAAGCCCGGGUCAAGGACUUGAUGAUUCCACGAUAUAAACUAAUUGUGAUUGUUCACAUUGGACAACUGAACAGGCAGAGCAUACUUAUUGGAAGCAGAUGCCUCUGGGAUCCUAAAAAUGAUACCUUUUCAUCUUACGUUUUCAGAAAUUCUUCUCUUUUCGCUCUUGCAAAUGUCUAUGCAGUUUACCUUGAGUGACUGAAAAAAAGAAAUCUAGCUCUUACUUUUGAAAAUCCUGAGGCAGACUGUAUGUCUGUAUACAAAAGUUUGACUGCCAAAACCUUUGAGAAAGAAACAACACGGAUAUUUCAAGCAACUGGAAGCUUUUGAAUUUUUUCAUAUUCUAGUAAAGAUUGGGGGCGGGGAGAAUAGCACAGAAAGAAUCUUGUUUUUCUAAAGCAGGAACGUGGUCUUGGUUUUGCUGGAUUGUUUUCCAUAGACAUAGAUUCUUAUUAAAUAUUUGUUUUGGUACUAAUUAUUUUAAUUAUUCUUUAAUUAAAGAGUUACAAUUUCCUGCAUUGUUUUUUAAUAAAGAAAAGCUUUAGAAAAACUAUGGCUAUAUACCCUGACCAAUAAAUGAUAGCAGAAUAUUCAACAUGGGAACACACAAAUGAUAAAUAAUAUGCCUCAGUGCUGCAUAUAAAAGAAUACUGGGUUUCAUUUUGUGCUUAAUAAAUUGAGCAGCAUUCAUUAAGUGCAAUUAUUGUUACAUGUACCUGACAGUUGAAACUGCUGAGGUAGAAUUAAUGGCUUCAUAACAAUUAUCGUGGUCCCACGGGCUGCAAGCUAAAACUAGAAGCUCUUGUGACUUGCCUGCACUUUACACAACUGUGGGAGAACUGAAUGUUGGCUCUUCAGUAAUGGAAACUAUAAAGUGAAUAAAGGCUUUUUGGGGCACUGAA